AUGUCCAGGCCAGGACCAGAGGAUGCCGUCGUUUGCAGCUACAAACCAGGCCUACCUGCCGAGAACGAGACAGGAUUUGCGGGAGUCGAUGACCAGACGAAAAUCGCCAACGAGAUGGACGCGUACUGCCAGGGAUCGAGGCCGUACGAUACAGAUCCAAGAUGGCGGUGCCCAUGGAACAUUGCUAACGUCAGACUGGGAUCGACAACCAGCGUUCUUGCCGAGUUAGAAAGACUAUCUUUAGUUAUCAACAAUAUAGAUGAAAGAGGUGAUGCCACGAAAGCCUUGAUACAGCUUCAGCAAAAAGCAAGAGUGAUUGAGACAAUGUGUUCUCAAAUCAGGCCUUCAUCUGAUGCAAGUUUCAGUGGUAUUUCAACUUCAGUGGAUACAGAAUCUUCCUCCCACCUUGAUCAGUCCAGCACGGUCACACUGGAUACUGGUGACCAGAGUUAUGAUGAGCUGCUGCCACCAUUAAUUAAAUCAGAUCGUCACUCGCUUAUUAUUGGCAACAAUUGGGUACUUCACAACAACAGUAGCUCUGGAUUGACAAAUGGACACUCUUUAAUAGUUGAUCCACCAGAAACAAAUGGUGAAAUUCAAAAUGGAUAUGAUACACAUCCCACAAACAAUCUUGAACAGAGGACAAAUAUGAUAGUAAAUGGCAUCACAAGCUGUUCCUCAGGAAAUCUGUCGGCAGUGUUCGAGUGCAAGUGUUUAAGGAGCAAAGAAGUGACUUGCAAAAAUAUCCACAACAGUAACAUGAAUGCAUUUGUGAACGGUCAUGAAAAAUGCCCUGAAACUACAGCAUUUGUGAAUAGCAACCAGGUGACAGCUAACAUGUUUCUUGGCUUCGCACCAACACGGAUCAAUGAGCUACCUCCUUUACCUCCCCCUCCUCCACCAAUUUUAGGUAAGUUGGACUUCAUGUUUUGGGAUGAUUCGAAGGUACCGGCUGAGCAAGAUUCUCAAGCGGACGACGGCGACUCGGAUGAUGAUAAUCUGUGGGCAGCUGCUGAGGAAGAUUUUCAAGAGGACAUGGAGAAUCAGCGGCCGAGGAAGAGGAUGCGAGUGGAGAGAUCAGCAGAUUAUUACAAGAGUCUACAGCGCUCAUCUUACCCGUAG